GCGCGGCACGUGACCGCGUCAGUGCGCAGGGGCGGCCGGGGAUGGCCGUCGACGUCGCGGGCGCAGUGUGUUUUCGCGACGGUAAUUUUCACGUGACAGCCCGCGGUAGUGCGCGGGAACCCGGCGUGCACCCGGCGGUGAUGACUGCGUGAGGCCCGCGGCUUGGCACCCGAGAGCACGUCCCCACGACGCCGCGACGUUUGAAUCGCGAAACACCUCCCGACGGCCCCGUUGACGCGCGCCUCCCCGCCGAGAUGCCGGAUAAGGAGGAGGAGAACUUUUGCAAGAAAAUGGCAAAAGCCACCCGGGGGAUACACGCGAUCAGCGACGCCCUGGUGAACGCGAAACUGGCGUUCGGGUUUCUCGACGACUCCGUGUGGGCCGACGGGCUUCUGGUUUUCUACGAGGUCUUUCGCUACCUGGAGGGCGCGAUGGUGAGACUGAGGAACACAAAGAUCGGAUUGCUCCCCCUCGGCGAGCUCCAGCGCACAGAGGCUUUCGAGCGCGAUCUCGAUCACUACCUGGGAAAAGGAUGGAGGAAAAACUACAGUCCUAGGGACAGCGUCGCAAAGUAUCUGAUGCGCCUGAGAGAAGUGGAAGACACGGAUCCCACUCUGCUGAUGGCGUACAUCUACCACCUUUACAUGGGCCUCCUCAGCGGCGGUAUCAUUCUACGCAAGAAGCGGCAGAUGCUGCAAAAGAUCUCGCCGUUUCAAGCGCGGCCGUCGAGCGACGGUAACAACGUCACGGACUUUGGGCAGAGCAGUAUAUUUCAGUUGAAGCGCGACUUGCGCGAGUCGAUGAACAGAAUCGCGGAGACGUUGGACGAGGACACGAAAAAUAAACUUAUCGAAGAAAGUAAAAUAGUCUUUGAAUUGAAUACCGAAAUUAUCAAAAGUGUGCGGACGGGCAGUCGUGUUUUCGAAAAGAUAUUCUAUUUUAUCGGCCCACUUUUACUGGCUCUCUUUGUCCUGAUAAUCGUCCUCAAUAUCCUCUACAAAUACAUUAUACGUUAAUAAACGUUAAUCUAAUUAACGCUAGUUUAACGUCAAUUUACUAAAAAAGACAAAAAGGGGAAAAAAAGAAGAGAUAUACAAUAAAUAGACUUUCGUUCGGCCGAAAAGUGCUGAUAUCAAAAUCGAAAUGUAUAAUAUCGUGUUACUUGUACGCUGUAAUCUCGCCUUUCUAUAGCUAGAAAUAUGGAUUAUUACUAUUAUUUGUACAAGAAUAUUCUGUUUCAUACAGUUUGUCACCAUGUCGAAAAAUAUUGGAUUACCAAGAUUUGGUAAGAGCGACAUCUAAUUGCGUUUGAAAUCGAGCAAGGGAUUUUCAGAGUGCUUUUAAAGUCUUGCUUGCAACUUGCCUAUAGCUUCCACGAAAAAGAGCGACUUAAUAUUUCUCUCUCCGAUAGAUCUUCCUCUAUUAUCAGUUUCUCCAUAACAAAUUCGAAGUGCACGAAUUUGCGUCGAGCUUAUAUCAUCAUCAUAGAACUGUAACAGAUACUGCAACAAUAAAGAUGCAUUUACAUCGA